AUGGCACAGGAUGCGCGGAAAGUGCGAAAGGUGACGCGCGCUUGUGAUGCCUGCAAGAGCAAGAAAAAAGCGUGUACAGGUACACUUCCUUGUGGCCCGUGUGCCCGCCGGCGGCUGUCUUGCACGUACGACGCGGCGUACAACCGCGGUGUCGCAGCGAGUCCACUUUUUUCGGGCCAUCAAAGGGAAACACCGACUCCCAGUAGCCCUAGCACGGUGAGCCAAAGCCGCACGGCUCACACGGCUCAUUCUCAGCGCAUUGGAUCAACGGAGUCUCCUUUAGGGGGUUGGAAUCACCAGCCAAGUUCAUACAGAUCCCCAGGUGUGUCUGAGGAAGCCACACCGGUAAUUCCUUCCGAUCCACCGGAGCAAAUAGGACCGACUCAUAUCGAUCCUCAAUAUUGGGGCCCAACCUCGGCGCAUUCAUUCCUUGGGCGAGUUGUUCAAGAUUUACCAACCGCGCCCUCCAAGGCAUUGGCUCUUCAGCCCUCCCAAAAUGCACCAUCAACUGUGCCCAUCUUCUCAUUCGGGGACCGACUGAAUCCUCAUGUCCGAUUGGCAGAUUUCCAAUGGCCCUCUCGGUCAGUCGCAGACAAAUUAGUUCGACGAUACUUCGAGUUUGCAGCGCCGACGUAUCGGAUUCUUCACCAGCCGACGAUUGAACGGCUUAUGGAAGAUUUAUACCAGAAUGACACAGUUUCUAUAGACCCCGGGCAGGACAGGGCCUCCCAGGCCAUCGUUUUGUUGAUAUUCGGCACUGCUGCCAUGUAUCAACCCGAUGCAGAGGGCCAUCUAGGUGCUGCAGAUGAGAACGGAUGGGUCAACAGUGAACUUUACUAUGCGCAGGCAGACUCUCUUCUCUCAAACGAGAUAGGAGCCCCCACGCUAGCCUCUGUGCAAGCUCGCUUUUUGAUGGUGUUAUAUUUACUUAGCUCAUCAAGAGCACACAAAGCCUGGUUCACAUUCGGGACCACGGUACAACUGAUGAUGGCACUAGGUCUCCACAGCAAACGGUCAAGGACUGUGUCUGGGAAAGAUGAUCUGAUACGAAAGGAAUGCCAAAGGCGUGUGCUCUGGUGCUCCUACACUUUGGACAAAUAUCUCAGCAUCAUACUGGGUCGGCCACGUCUUUGGCAAGAUGAGGACAUUGAUGAGGAGUUGCCCACUCGCAUUAAUGAUCAGGACCUGACAAGCCAUGAGAUUAGCCCCUCCAAGUGUGAUUGUCUAAUGGAUGCCCCGGUAUUUCACGCUGUGUUGGCUCGCAUUCUGACACAAGCUGCGAGAGAGUCCUACGUCGUGACCGGUAUAUCCAACAAAGAUCAAAUAGAUACCAUCCGUGUCUUCUGUGGUAGGGUUGCUGAGUGGCAAGCCGAGCUGCCCCCGUUCCUAUCGGGUAUAAUUCAACCAGGCAGUCUGAUUCCUGGGCUUCGACGUCAGUUAACGGUUCUACAACUGGCGCGAUACCAUGCUCUGAUCUUCAUCACGCGACCUCUUCUGUUGCGCAAUUACUCUCAAGUCUGGCCCGAAUGCGAAGCGAGCUAUCAGUAUUAUCUGAGCACCUGCCUAACAGCAGCACGAGAUGCGAUCGAAUUGAUUCUCGCCUUUGUCCAGGAGAAACAGCUCUUCCCUUCCUUCUGGUACUCGCAAUACAUUGCUUUCAAUGCACUGUCCAUCAUAUAUCUUUACCUCAUACAGGUACAACGAGGCCGAAUUUCACCGGCGAAUCUUCGCUUUGUUCACAACCAGGAUGGUCCGUUUGACUUGCAGUUAGAUAAAUCCACGCUAUACAAGCUAUGUGAGACUACACAGGCCCAUCUUGCCGAUGCGACCGUUCGCAAUGCACCUGCCUGGAAAUACAGUGCCAUUCUGCAGGGACUGCGCCGGGAGCUGUCUAGAUCAAAUCCUUCGUUGUCAGGCUCCGAACAUUCUGAGAGUCGCAGUAACUACCAGGUCUCCGCGAGCAACUCACAUACGUUUUCCGCGAAUGCUCAGAAUGCUUUUGACUAUACGCAAGAUCAAACCCACAGCAUGAUCUUACCGAACAACCUUUCCGGGCCAGAUGCACAGCCUGGGGAUAGCUUUUCCCAGCAUGGAGCUUUUGUUGAGAAUAUUUUCCUCGACCCACAUACCGAGAUUCUCUUCGACAACCUCGGCACAGACGAAGAAUUGGUUCCCGAUUUCUGGUCUCAGUUUGAUAGUCUGCCAGUCGCUUACCACUGA